UAACAAAACAGUGAUCAUGAUUCUGCCCCCUAAAAAAUCCUAUGAUUUUGCCAUGCCAUUCAUUUAAUCAUAGUACAGGAUACAUGAGAAUAACACUUAAACAGACAUGAGGUAACAUUUGAACCAACAUAAACACCAAAAAAUACACUCAUGUAAGGUUUGUUAUCCUCAGUAACCAAACUGACCUCCACACUCAUCUUUUUCUCUCAUUCUCAAACCCUGCUGUUCUUUUCCAGUUGAAUCAGUCUCUGAUGUUUACAGCAGAGUGACGUCAUGGCGACUGCAGCAGCAGACACAGAUGAUCCAUUUCCUCUGAGGAGCAGUCGCAGCAUGGAACGGUUACCACCUCAGAUGUCUGAGCUGAGGGUGGUUCUGCUGGGGAACAGCUGGUCUGAGAGGAGUUCAGUGGGGAACUUUAUACUCAGAGAGACUGAGUUCAACACUGAGGAAGAACCAGACGACUGUUUGAAGGUCAGAAGACAGAUAAAGGAGAAAGACAUAGUUCUCAUCAACACUCCAGAUCUGCUGAGUCCCCACAUCUCUGAAGACAGACUGACAGAACAUGUGACAGACUGUGUGAGACUCUCUGAUCCUGGACCUCAUGUGUUCCUGCUGGUUCUACAACCUGAAGACUUCAGGGAGGAACACAAACUGAGACUCUGCAGUGUCCUUAAACUCUUCAGUGAUCGAUCAUUUGAUCAUUCAUUGAUACUGAUAUCAUCACCCAGAGAGCAGGGCUCCAAAUAUACUCAGUAUUCUCCCCUCAAAGACAUGAUCAGAGAGUGUAGGUACAGAUAUGUGGAGCAGAUGAACCUUGAACUUCCAGAGCUGUUGACACGUUUGGGUCAAAUUGUGAAGGAGCACGAUGGAGAGCAUGUCAGCUGUGAUGUGUUCAUGGAUCCCACUGAUGAAACACAAACCACACAACAAGAGAAAACAAAGCCUGGCCUCCUACAUGCUGUUACUUCUGCUGAUCUGUGUGCCAGUGAUGACAGGGUGAGACCUCCUCCUCCAGGAGAGAUCAGAAUUCUGAUGCUGGGUAAAAAGGAUGACAUGAAAACAAAGCUUAGUGACUUCAUCACUCAAAAAGAACAACCCUGGAAACACUCUUUACCAAAACCAUUUGCAGUCAAACAAAAGGUGGAGACUGCAGAGUGGAGAGGAAAGCCUCUAAAAGUAGUAAAAACUCCAGAUGUUUUCAGUCUGUCUGUGGAGAAGCUCAGAGGAGAGAUGAGGAACGCUGUGAGUCUUUGUCCUCCAGGACCAAAUGUUCUGCUGCUGUUAGUGAAACCUUCUGAUUUCACUGAAGAGAACAGACAAACACUGAAGUUCAUCCUCAGUCUGUUUGGUCAAGAUGCUUUUAAACACUCAGUGAUCAUCAGCACACAUGAGGACGGUCAAACAGACGACUCUUAUAGACGUCUACUUAAAGACUGUGGAGACAGACACUACAGGAUGACUGACAACGACAUCCACUCAUUAAUGACACAGAUUGAGAGCCUUGUGUGUGAGAACAAAGGAGACUUCCUCACCCUCACUGAAGAGUUGAUCACUCUGAAGUCUGAACACAUGAAACCAGCUUUAAACCUGGUCCUGUGUGGGAGGAGAGGAGCAGGGAAGACUUCAGCAGCAAAGGCCAUUUUAGGUCAGACAGGUCUUCAUUCAGCCUCCAGCUCAUCAGAGUGUGUUAAACAUCAGGGAGAGGUGUGUGGACGUUGGGUUUCCCUGGUGGAGCUUCCUGCUCUGUGUGGAAAACCUCUGGAGACAGUGAUGAAGGAAUCACUCAGGUGUGUCUCCCUCUGUGAUCCUGAAGGUGUCCAUGCCUUCAUCCUGGUCCUACCUGUGGGUCUUCUCACUGAUGAAGACAAGGGAGAGUUAAAGAUGAUCCAGGACACCUUCAGCUCUCGAGUCAAUGCCUUCACCAUGAUCCUGUUCACUGUAGAGUCAGAUCCUACAGCUCCAGCUGUUGUUAACUUCAUCAGAAAGACCAAAGAUGUCCAGGAGUUUGUUCAGAGCUGUGGAGGAAGAUCUUUUGUUCUCAACAUCAAGGACCAGCAGCAGAUCCCAGAGCUGUUGGAAAUGGUGAACAAUUUGCAAAAAAAUGAAGACAAACCAAGUAGCUACACAACAGAAAUGUAUGCACAUGCCCAAAUGGAAAACAUCAGCAGACUACAUGCUAAGCUUGAAGAGCCGGUUACUAGUGAUGAUGAGAAGCAGAGCUCAGAGGGUCUCAGGAUUGUGCUGAUCGGAAGGACCGGCUCUGGGAAGAGUUCUUCAGGAAACACCAUUCUAGGAAGAAACGAGUUUGAAGCUGAAUUCAGACAAACAUCAGUCACCAAAGACUGUCAGAAAGGAGAAGGUGAAGUGAACAGUCGUCCUGUCACUGUGGUCGACACUCCUGGUCUGUUUGACACGACUCUGUCUCAUGAAGAGGUUCAUGAAGAGAUGAUAAAAUGCAUCAGUCUUCUGGCUCCAGGUCCACAUGUCUUCCUGUUGGUGAUACAAAUCGGAAGAUUCACACCUGAGGAGAAGGAGACAUUAAAACUGAUCAAAGAAGGCUUUGGGAAGGAUGCUGAGAAGUUCACCAUCAUUCUUUUAACUGGAGGAGAUAAACUGCAGCAUGACAACAUGUCCAUAGAAGAAUAUACUAAAGAGGGAUGUGAUGAUUCCUUCAUGAAACUGAUCUCUGACUGUGGAGGAAGAUACCACGUGUUCAAUAACAAUGAUGAACAAAACAGAACUCAGGUCAGUGAGCUGAUGGCAAAGAUCGACACAAUGGUGAAGACAAAUGGAGGAAGCUGCUACACCAAUGAGAUGCUGCAAGAAGCUGAAGCUGCAAUAAAGAAAGAAAUGGAGAGACUCUUAAAAGAGAAAGAAGAGGAGAUGAAGAGAGAGAGGGAGGAACUUCAAAGAAAACAUGAAGAAGAAAUGAAAGAAAUGGAGGAAAGAAUGAAAAAACAAGAAGAAGACAUGAAGAAAGAGAGAGAAAAGAGAGAAAAAGAACUACAAGAAAAGGAGGAAAUCAUACAAAAGGAACAAGAGGACAGACAGAAAGAAAAGGAGAUGAGAGAAGAAGAAGACAGGAAGAGAAAAGAACAGGAAGAAGUUCAACGACUGGAGUGGAAAAAUAAAGUUACAGCUUUGGAGAAAAAGAUAAAGUUAGAGUCAGAGGAAAAAGAAAAUAUUUACAGAAAGCUGGAGGAGAGCAGAGAAAAGAUGAGAGAAGAAAGAGAGAGUCAGGACAAACAACAAAAGGAGUGGUGGGAAAAACGAAAUCAAGAAGAGGAACAGAGACGACAGGAGGAAAGAACAAGACUCAGAAAACUUCAAGAAGAGUUUGAACAGGAAAGAGAAAAUUAUGAAAAGAAAAGAAAAGAAGAGGAUCAGAGAAGACAGGAAGAAGAAGAGAAGCUAAAGAAUCCACUGCUCAGGACGGUUGGAGAUCUCCUCCUCUAUGUGGAUGGCUGUUCCAUCUCCCCAUCUCCUGAAGUCCGCAACCUGGGUGUCAUUCUUGACUCCACCCUCUCCUUCCAGUCACACAUCAAAUCUGUCACCAAGUCUGCUUUCUACCGCCUCAAAAACAUCUCCUCAUCCAUGCAAUCAUAA